ACCCAGGAGCUGGACGGCUCGUCCCAGUGGCUGGCUGACCAGAAUGAGGCCGGUUCCCAGCAUGCACUUGAGCAAGACACCAGCACUACAACCACAAACGAAGCUUUUGGGACGAGAGGCAAAGAGCAAGAGAGAAUUAAAAUGCAGAGCAGUCCUCCCCAACAGCACCAGACACUGCACACACAGAGUACAUCAGACAAAAUGACAGGCAGCAAUCCAGUGUCACCAGCCUCCUCGGGCUCACCUGCCUCGAGUGGUAGCAUCUCCCCACCACAUCUUACUCACGAUUCCUCUCUGGACAGUCACCUCAGUUUUGAUGUUUCCAAGACACAAAACAGAGCCGUCGUGUCAGCUGGGAUGUACACCUCACCUGACCCAGCAAGCAUGUGGGACAAGACCCAUGCAGAAAUUGCUGAGCAGGCCAAGCACGAGGCAGAGAUUGAGAAUCGCAUUGCAGAAAUGAAAAAGGAGGGAUUCUGGUCUCUGAAAAGGCUUUCAAAGGUCCCUGAGCCAGUUCGGCCUAAAGUGCACUGGGAUUAUCUUUGUGAAGAGAUGCAGUGGCUCUCAGCUGAUUUUGCCCAAGAGCGCCGCUGGAAGAGGGGUGUGGCAAGAAAGGUUGUGCGCAUGGUGAUCAGGCAUCAUGAAGAGCAGAAGCAGAAAGAAGAACGAGCCAAACGAGAGGAACAGGCUAAGCUGCGCCGUAUUGCCUCAUCCAUUGCCAAAGAGGUCAAACAGUUCUGGAGCAAUGUUGAGAAGGUUGUGCAAUUUAAGCAGCAGUCACGUCUGGAGGAGAAACGGAAAAAAGCCUUGGACCUGCAACUUGACUUCAUAGUGGGCCAGACAGAAAAAUACUCAGAUCUGCUAACCCAAAGCCUCAAUGAGACUCUUCCGGUUCCCAGCAGGAGUGGUGGCUCACAUGCUGGGUCCACUGCCUCUAGCCCACCACCCACCACUCAACUUAUUGAGGAUGAAGAUGGGGAUUUCCAACCUCAUGAGGAAUCAGAUGACGAGGAGACAAUUGAAGUGGAAGAACAGCAGGAAGGGAAUGAUUCAGAGACUCAGCAACGGGAGAUAGAGCUGCUAAAGCAGGAGAGUGAGCUGCCCUUAGAGGAGCUGCUGCAGUCACUGCCAGCCCAAAUUUUAGAGAACUCUUUCAAUGUGUCGCCUUGUGCCUCAAGUUCUGACAAUGAUGAAGAAGAGGAGGUUGACAGUGAAGAGGAAGAUGGGCAAUUGGAAAAACAGACGUCCAAGAACUUAAAGGAAAAGCCGAAGCCUGUUUCACAGAAGAAUAAAAAACCCUGGAAGCCUGAUGAAGAAGAUGAGGAAUUCACUGCUAAUGAAGAAGAGGCUGAAGAUGAAGAAGAAACAAUAGAUGCUGAAGAAAAGCUGGAAGGUGAUGUGGAUCACAGUAGAGAGCUGGAUGACUUGGCCAAGGAAGGUGAGCUGCCCAUGGAGGAGUUGCUGCAGAAAUAUGCUGGUGCUUAUGCCUCAGACUUUGAAGUGGAGGAGUCAGACUCUUCAUCUGAAGCCUCAGAGCCUACUACUUCAGAGUAUGAGGAGGAAUCUGAGGAAGAUGACAGCAGUAGUCAUUCAGCAGAAGAGAUAGACAGUGAGCAGGAUGAAAGUGAAGAUGCCAUGGAGGAGGAGGAACCUUCAGUGAGCCAGGAAGAGGACUUUGGGGUUGAGUACCUCUUGAAACAGGAUGAAGAUCAUGGUGGUGAGGGAGACAUUGAUUCAACUCCAGCUCCUGGGCCCAAGAAGGAGAUCACAGACAUCGCAGCAGCAGCAGAGAGCCUGCAGCCCAAAGGAUAUACCUUGGCAACUACACAGGUUAAAACACCCAUUCCCUACCUUUUGCGUGGGACACUGCGAGAAUACCAACACAUUGGUCUGGACUGGUUGGUUACCAUGUAUGAAAAGAAACUCAAUGGUAUUCUGGCUGAUGAGAUGGGGCUUGGCAAAACAAUCCAGACAAUUUCCCUGCUGGCACAUCUAGCCUGUGAAAAGGGCAGUUGGGGCCCUCACCUGAUCAUCGUUCCCACCAGUGUGAUGCUGAACUGGGAGAUGGAAAUCAAACGCUGGUGCCCCAGUUUCAAGAUCCUUACAUACUACGGGGCACAGAAAGAACGUAAGCUAAAGCGUCAGGGGUGGACCAAGCCUAAUGCCUUCCAUAUCUGCAUCACCUCCUACAAGCUCGUGCUGCAAGACCACCAGGCCUUUCGCCGCAAGAAUUGGAAGUAUCUGAUCUUGGAUGAGGCUCAGAAUAUCAAGAACUUCAAAUCGCAACGCUGGCAGUCCUUGCUCAACUUCAACAGCCAGAGGCGACUGCUGCUCACUGGAACCCCUCUCCAGAAUAGCCUGAUGGAGCUGUGGUCCCUCAUGCACUUCCUGAUGCCCCAUGUCUUCCAGUCACACCGCGAGUUCAAGGAAUGGUUUUCCAACCCCCUUACAGGCAUGAUUGAGGGUAGCCAGGAAUACAAUGAGAACCUAGUCAAAAGGCUGCACAAGGUGCUGCGGCCAUUCCUCCUGCGAAGGGUGAAGGUGGAUGUAGAGAAGCAAAUGCCAAAGAAAUACGAGCAUGUUAUCAAGUGUCGCCUCUCCAAGCGUCAGCGCUACCUCUAUGACGAUUUCAUGGCCCAGGCUACCACCAAGGAGACCUUGGCAACAGGCCAUUUCAUGAGUGUCAUCAACAUCUUGAUGCAGCUUCGUAAGGUCUGCAACCACCCUAACCUGUUUGACCCACGGCCUAUCCACUCACCGUUUAUCACAGAGGGCAUCUGCUUCAACACAGCGUCCCUUGUCCUGCACGCUCUUGAUAAUGACCCAUUUAAGCACGUGGACAUGGGCAUCUUCGAUCUUAUCAACUUGGAAGGCCGUGUGUCCCGUUAUGAAACAGACACAUUCCUGCCCAAGUGGAAGGUAACCAGGAAACUGAUUGAGGAGAUUGCUGAGUCUCCAGACCCUCCUCCCAGACCCAAGCCAGUCAAGAUGAAAGUGAACAGGAUGCUGCAGCCAGUGCCCAAGCCAGAGAAUCGUACUGUGGUGCUAGUAAACAGCCCUCGCCCCAUGGCACCCCUACAGAGACCUGUAGCUCCUGUGCUACCAGAGCCACUGACUCCUGCUCUAGCCCCCAUUCAGCAUCCAGGCCCAAUCUUGCCAGGGCCUGUGCAGUCUACCACGCUCCCUGUUACGGUGUCUCUCCCUGUGCCCAUCCCCAUGUCUCCCUCACCGGUCACCAUGUCAAUAUCAGUGCCUCCUGCUGCCAGACCACAAACCCAAACACUAGUGCCUACUCUGAGCCAGAACAACACAGCUGCUGCCUUGCUGCAGGGCCAGUCCUCUGCUUCACAGGUUUUGUCCCUGCCAAUGACUGCAGCUCAGCUGGUCCCAAACACUCCACGACCCCUUCUCCCUCCAAGUCCUAUUUCUUCCACUUCCACCACUUCCUCACUUAAACCUCUGCCAAACCCUAUGGGGCAGCAGCAGUCCGUCAACACCCUGUGUGUGUCGACUAUGGGGCAACAGCAGUCCAUCAGCACCCUAUGUGUAUCCACUGUGGGACAGCAGCAACAGUCUGCCAUUAAUCCCUUGGUAGUGUCUUCUGGAGGGCUGCAGCAGCCUGUCAGCACCUUUGGAAUGUCCUCUGUGGUGCAGCCACCACCACCCAUUAACACCUUGGGGGUGUCCCCUGUGGGUCAGCAGCAGCCCAUCAACACCUUGGGGGUUUUGCCUGUGAGUCAGCAGCAGCCCAUCAACACCAUAGGAGUUUCCACAGUGGGUCAGCAACAGCCCAUCACCACUUUAGGUGUUUCCACAGUGGGGCAGGGGCAACCACCACCCAUUAACACCAUAGGGGUGUCCACUGUGGGGCAGCAACAGCAGCCCAUUAACACAUUGGGAGUUUCCACUGUGGGGCAGUUGCCACCCAUUAAUACUCUGGGGGUUUCCACUGCGGGGCAGGGACAACAGCAGCCCAUUAACACAUUGGGAGUGUCCCCUGUGGGGCAACAGCAACCCAUUAACACGAUGGGAGUGUCCUCUGUGGGGCAACAGCAGCCCAUUAACACCUUGGGAGUGUCCUCUGUGGGUCAGCCCCCACCCAUUAACACAUUGGGGAUUUCUCCUGUGGGGCAGCAGUCAUCUAACGUUUUGGGUCCAGCCCCUACCAGCACCAUCGCCACAGGCACCAUUGGUAGCAUGAUGAAGCCCAUGAAUAUCCAUUCUGCUGUACCUGCUUUGUCUGGCUACAACUUCACUACAACUGGACCUGUGCAGCAGAGGCUUCUACUCUCCCCGGAUAUGCAGGCACGAUUACCCUCUGGUGAAGUGGUGAGCAUUGGACAGCUUGCAUCCCUGGCCAACCGGCCCCUCCAGAGUGCUCCAGGCAGUAAACCCCUCACCUUCCAAAUCCAAGGCAACAAACUUACCUUGACAGGUACACAGGUGCGCCAGGUCACUAUGCCUCAGCCAGCCCGACAGCUGCCAAGGAAUGUAGUUCACUUGGUGUCUGCUGGAGGCCAGCACCACAUCAUCAGCCAACCAGCUCAAGUGGCUUUGAUCCAGGCUAUGGCCCAGCAGGCUGGGCAGGCACCAGUUGGUGUGCAGGCUGUGCCAGGCCACCAGCCCCCUACCAUCCUGCCAGUCCCAGCUACCAGCACAGCUGCUGCAGCUGUUGCCUCCACAGCAACCAUCAGUGUCCCCAUUGCUGCCGCCCAAGUGCCCUCUUCAGCAAUGAAUAGCUCUGGAGUGGUAAAGAUUGUGGUACGCCAGGCUCCUCGAGAUGGUUUGGUAUCCGCCUCACCUGGCCCACAGCAGCCACUUCUGCGCCCUGUGACACCAGCUGCCACUACCCUGCCUGCACUUCCAGCUGCAACCCUUAUGGCUCAGCGAGCUCCAAUCCCAGGCAGUCCUGCACAACCAGUCAGGCCACCCACUCAGCCACUGGUGCCACUGAGGGCACCCACACCAGCUCCUCUACAGUCUCUUGUGAGGCCUAUGCUGCGAAUGGUACAGACGCCAAACCCCAACCUGGAGCAGCAGUUGGUUACAACAUCCCCUCCUCCUACAGUGACUCCGUUUGUUGUCACCCCAGCCUCUGCUGUUGUUGACAAUACCUCCCCUGCUUUGGCUUCCCCAACCACCUCAAGUCCAGUGCCCAGGGAAGAACCAGAGAUUUUAAUGCUGCGCUCCACAACACCCACACCCCCUCCCCCUUCUAUUCUGGCCCCAAGACUUCGGCGACAACCCCCUCCACCACCCCGCUCACCCUUUUACCUGGAAUCACUUGAAGAGAAGCGGAAGAAGCAGAAGGAAGAACGCCUCAACCGUCUUUUCCGCCUCAAUGAGCAGCACUGCAACCUUGUACCUAUUUAUGGUACUGAGGUGCUGCACUUUUGUACCAUCUUUCCUCCAACUCCCCCUUCUUGGAAGGAGGAAGAGGGAAGUGAGCAAGGUGUGGCAGUUGAAGAACUAGAACUUAACAGCUCAAGAGGAGCUGGUUAUACCAACUGCUAUGUAGCUCAAGUUCAAAGGGACCCCCACCGCCUUGAGGCCUACUGGCAGUGGGCAGAUACCUUGACUCAGGCUAUCCUGACACCUCAGCAGCGAAUUGAAGAACUGACAGACAUUAUAGAGAGGUUCAUUUUCGUUAUGCCUCCUGUGGAGGCUCCCGCCAUCACCAUGCACACCUCUCACCCACCUCCAUCACUCCUGCUUCAGCAGGCUGUCUUCAAGGAGACACUGCGGCAGGAACUCUCACCCCAUGCCAGUUGCCUGCAUCGUGUUGUUUGCAGCAUGAGGACUCAGUUCCCUGACCUCCGCCUCAUCCAGUAUGACUGUGGAAAGCUGCAAACCUUAGAUAUUUUGCUACGGCAGCUCAAGGCUGGAGCACACAGAGUCCUAAUUUUCACACAGAUGACUCGUAUGUUGGAUGUACUGGAGCAAUUUCUUAAUUAUCAUGGGCAUAUCUAUCUGAGGCUGGAUGGGAGCACCCGUGUGGAGCAACGACAGGCACUCAUGGAGCGUUUCAAUGCAGACAAACGCAUCUUCUGUUUCAUCUUGUCGACACGUAGCGGUGGUGUGGGAGUGAACUUGACAGGUGCCGACACCGUGGUGUUCUAUGAUAGUGACUGGAACCCCACCAUGGAUGCCCAGGCCCAGGAUCGUUGCCACCGGAUUGGGCAGACACGGGAUGUUCAUAUCUACAGGCUGAUCAGUGAAAGGACAGUGGAGGAAAAUAUCCUGAAGAAGGCAAAUCAGAAGAGGAUGCUGGGAGAUAUGGCUAUCGAGGGGGGCAAUUUCACUACUGCCUAUUUCAAGCAGCAAACCAUUCGUGAGCUUUUUGACAUGCCACUUGAUGAACCAGCUAAGAAAGAAGGGGAGGUCCCAGCUGUAACACAGGAGGAUGAAGAGGAGCCCAUGGCCACCAAGCAGACCCAGAUUUUGGAGCAGGCACUUUGCAAGGCAGAGGACCCUGAAGAUAUCCGGGCAGCCACCCAGGCCAAGGCAGAGCAAGUGGCUGAGCUGGCAGAAUUCAAUGAGAACAUCCCCUUGGACUCAGAGGACAAGGCAAGCAAGGAAGAGGAGGAGGAGAUGUCAAAGGCAGAGCAGGAGAUUGCUUCCCUGGUAGAACAGCUCACCCCCAUUGAGCGCUAUGCUAUGAACUUCCUGGAGGCAUCUCUAGAGGACAUCAGUCGAGAGGAAUUAAAGCAGGCAGAGGAACAAGUAGAAGCAGCCCGCAAAGAUAUUGAUCAGGCUAAGGAUGAGGUUGUCUUCAAGCUGCCUGAAGAUGAAGAUGAAAGCUGUCUCCUUGAGGAGACUUCCAGCAAGAAGAGCAAAAAAGCAAAGGCUCCUAACCGUGUAGCGUCAGAGAGGACAGGCACACGUAUGAGUGAAAGACUGCGUAGCACCCGCCUUCCACCACGAGAGGGUGACAGUGGGGACGUGGAAUCUACCCAAGCAAGGCUGUCCAGUCUUCGGCAUCCUCGAGUGGUAACUGAUGAGGAUGAUGAUGCUCUACCCCAAGUAGCUCAGCACACACGAGGUGCUGCUGUGCGUAGAGAGCAAGUGCGGGAGGAGAAGGCAGGUCAUGUUGUCUUGAACACUCGGAGAACUGUACCCCGUCGAGAGGAGCCAUGGACUAAGGUCACAACUACUGGGGAGAAGGUACACAAAGUCUCACAAAGAACAGAAGCUUCUCCUGGUGACAGAGUUUUGAGAACUAAUCCCCACAAGAUAGAGACCCCAUCUGUUGGGGAUAAGUUACCCCAAAUGACUCCACAGAAAAUGGAUGCAGGAGCUGCUGGUGACAGAGUUCUGAAAGGCAGCCCUCCAAAAAUAGAAGCCAAACCUGCUAGUGGUAAGUUCCCAGAAAGUUCUCUCCAGGUAACAGACUCUGGUUUGAAUAAAGCACUAAGGUUAGUCCCACAGAAGUCUGAAAAAGCCUCUGGUUUGGUUAAACUGCAAUCCAGCUCAUCUACAUCUGAGGCAUCAGUAUCUGAGACACAGAUCUCACAGAUUAAUCUACAGGAGUGUGAUGAAGAAGUGACCAAAUUCAAAGCAAAUGUGAAAGAGAAAAAACAAAGGGAAACUCCCCAACUCAAUUCAUCAGCCCCUGAGUUCCAUAUUGCAGAGAAUAUCUCAAGUAUGGAGUUACCAGUAUUUCAGGUACAAGAUUCUCUAAUGGCUGCAAAUUUAUUGGAGCCAUGGAAAACAGCUGAUGCUGGGAAGACCAUCCCAGUGAUCCCAGCCACUGAAGAAAUGGCAUCAAGCCCAGUACCUCCCAUUACCACUCCAGAGCUAUAUUGUGAGAACAAGCCUGAGGCUGCCUGUGAGAUUGACAUGCGAUUGAGGGAACAAAAGGAGAUCUUGUGCAAGCCAGAAGAAGAAAUGGAUAAGAUUGCCAGUUAUAGUGCUUCAGAAGAAGAAUUGGUGAACUCUGCGGAGGAGGCAUCCAGGAAGGAGGCUACUCAAGAAGUGGUAUCUUCUGAUGAUGGUGAUAGAAAAGUGACAGGUGCGCUUCCUGUUAAAGAUUCCGAGGAAGCAGCUGCUAUUGUAAUGCCUAUAUUUGAUAGUGAGACCCCCAAAACAGUAUUCACUUCCCUUGACCACUCUGUGGCAGCUGCUAGCUCCCUUCUUCGCAUAGAAACGUUACCUUGUGUCAAGGAACAGAAUGGUUUGCAGCAGCCUCCAAAACCUGUAGAGCUGCCUUCAGACUUGACAGAGGAGUCCCAUCCUGAAAUUUCCACUGUAACUGCAUUGCUCACCGCAGAGGCAGCUAGCAAUAAAAGCAACAGCCUCAGUGAGUCACCCAAGCAGAGUCAAGGAAUAGUGGAAAAAAACCUUUAUGGAGAUGAGCAGCAGGUCAAAGAGGCAAAGAGUACCACCAUCUCUCCAGGUGCUGUCUCUUUACAAGAAAGUUCACCAGUUGCCGGACUCUGUACAGGAACUGUCUCUUCAGAUGAGAGUGAGAGUCUUUCACCAAUCAAAGCACCCCGCCGUCGAACCAGUGCUGAUGUGCAGAUCCGGCAGAGUUAUCAAGACCAGGAUGGUCCUGCUGCCAAAGUCCUACGGAAGUUGCCAGGGAGGCUGGUCACAGUGGUGGAGGAAAAAGAGCUGAUUCGACGUCGCCGUAAUCGUGUGCACAAGCUGAGUGUAUCUGAUGAUGCUGUGGUGAGUCCGAGCAACAGCUCAUCCCAGGAAAUGUCUGAGCCGGAUAGUUCGUCUUCUGGUAAAGAGUUGCCACUGUUGCGUGACUUGCCUGCCCGUCGGAGAAUUGAGAUGGAGAGCCGAGCAGCAGCUAAGGAGAGAGAUGAGAGCUCAAGAGGUGAGCUUUUUGUUAGCCCUUCUACUGAGCCUGUCAAACGCAAGCGAGGACGUCCUCCCAAGAUCAAGGUCACAGAGCAGCAAAGUCCACUCAUCCUUCAUACUCCUCUUGAGCCAACUUUGGAAGUCAACCCACAGAGCAGAUUGCCAGAGCCUGAGACCCAGACCCAAAGUAAGAUCUCUGAAGAGAAGGUGCCUGAGAACCAACUCCAAACUAAAGCCACUGAGCCGAAUGUGCCCCAAUCCCAACCCCAGAGUAAGAACUCUGAAAGGAAGUUUUCUGAUAUGCAACCACAAAAUAAGAACACUCAGCAGAAGGUGUCAGAAACCCAACUCCAAAAGAAGACCUCUGAGCAGAAGCUGCCUGAGAUCCAACCUCAGAAUAAGACCACCGAGAAGAAGGUAUCUGACACCCAACCCCACAAUAAGACCUCUGAACGGAAAGUGGCUGAGACUCAACCUGAGAAUAAAACCUCUGAAAAGAAAACAUCCACACAGAAGUCUCCCAAGAGUAAGGCGAGUAGCCAGAAUGACUCUCCUGUGGAGAAAAAACGGCGUGGCCGCCCCCCCAAAAUACGAGAGUCCUCCAUUGUUUCUUCUAAGACUUCUGUUUCAAAAACACUGUCAGCCCCAUCUACAAAGCCUGACUUACCCCCCCAGGUACAAAAACAGCUGCAGAAGUCCUGUGCAUCCAUCACUGUAACAGAGACAACAUCUGAGAUACAUGAGUCAGCGGACCUGGCUCCCAAAACUACUUUAGUCACAAAAACAAGCCCUAAAGCACGAAACCGAACAGCCAUGCAUCCCAAAUCCACAUCACUAUCAAAACCAGUUCCUAAGGCACAAGAACUGUUGGCCACUUCCCCUAAACUUCUUUCCAAAUCAUCCACAGAGGAGUGUGAAACUCUUGCUACUCCCUCCAGAGUGGUCUGUGCAACAGAAACUUCCACAGAGAUACAAGAGAAGCCUUCUCUAUUCCCUCUGCCACAUACGCCUGCCAAAACUUCCCUGUUGCUAGAUUCUCCACCGAAACGGAAGAGGGGGCGGCCCCCAAAGAACCCUUCUCCAUGCGUGGAGGCAGAACCAUCUCCUGCUUCCACCUCUGACCAAGAGACCUCCCCUAAGAUGCAGACAUUAGCCCCUCCUGUCCGUAAGCGGCGGAGGCAAAAGAGGAAGGAUGAACUUGGCUCAUCGUUGCCUGGCCAUAACUGGAGCUCAUCGGAGGGUGAGGAUACACGCCCGCUCACCAGGCUAGCUCGGCUCAAGCGUGAUGAGAAGCCAGAGUCCUGUACUGAGAGUUUAGUUCAGUCCUCCCCAAAGCAUGUGAGUAUGGAGGGUGCCUCAUCAGCUGACAGCAAUGCCUGGGAAGAACCUUACAGUGACACUCCUGCCCGUUCUACCCGCCUGCGGCCUGGCAGCCUCGUUCCACCACUGGAACGGGAGACUCAGCGGCGAAAACGACGCUGUUCGUUGGAGGGCAGUCGGGUAAGCAACAGGAGCAAGUCACCUGUUCCCCAAGGUUCUUCAGAGCAGGAGGGCAGAGAAUCAGAUUCCUCCCCAAAGUCCUCCCUAGAGUCAAAUGGUAACAGCUGUGUCCAGGAGCCCAAGCGCCAGUGCUGUGAAGCCAGGGAGCAUGGCAGAGGGAAGGGGCGGAGGCAAAACCACAACGGUGGCACUGCCGACCGGGUCCUCCGUAGUGCAGUGAAGCCUGCUGAUAGUGCUGAUGUUCCCACAAGGAAGGCGGGCACAGGUUCUGCUUCUGUCUCAGCUGGGGGAGUCUCUGGGGUGGUCCCUCCAUCCAGCACCCCCUUCCCAGCUGCCCCAGUUACCUCUUCUCUAAGUAACAGAGGUCGCAAACCCAAAACGUGAUGACCACAGUGCAAGAGAUUCUGCUGUCACUUCUCUGCGGGGAUGGAUCAGUGGCCCUCUGUUCCCACUCACAUACCAUAAACAGAUCUAGUCCGCCACCCCUUCCCUUGCUCAUAUUCCUCCUGUUCAUAUGGAGGGCAGCCACCGGGGUUCAGCUCCCCUCCCCCCAAAAAACAGCCCCCUGCAUUCCAGACUUGACUGCUAGAGUACUACUUGAAAGGAGGGGGUGGCUGGUGGCGAGCCUGGUGGUUCAUUCCCAGGUGCUCUUUCUUAGAGCAAGGGCCCCUCCUGCUGGCGUUGACCGUUCUGAGUGCAUGGCUCAGUUGGUCUGCUAGAGGGGAAGUGAGAGGACCAGCACUUUUCACAAUGAAUUCUGUGACUUCCUGAUCAUGGAGAGGGUGUGUGUGUGGGAGCAGCAGCUCUGUAGAGCUGUGGCCCUUGGAGAUGUCAGUAAAGGGCUCUUGCCACCCCUGAACGCCCCGCCACUCAAGAACCACUUUGGGAAGCUUCAACCGAAGCGUUCAUUAGGUUUGUGUCCUUUAUUAAAUGGUCACACCUCGGGGCUAGGUAUUCCCAGCCCAUUUUCCCUCUUCCAAAGCUGCAGGGGAUGCUCUCCUGAUUUAUAACACGAUUAGCUCUUACUUUUUUAAUGGCUUUGGGUUGGUUUUUAAAUGACAGUGACCAAAUGCUGGGUCUCUUUCCCUGGCUACCCCUUUUGAUUGUCUCCCUGCUUAGUCCGUUCACAGCUUAGGGUCCUCUUGAGGCACAAGGAGGUGGGAGAGUUGACUCCUCAAAGUUAUGGGGUGCAAGGCCAACACAAAAUAAGGUCAUGCCCUCACCUUUUGCACCACCAUCUGGGGAAACUGUCUUAUUUUUAAUGAUGUAUAUUGCAGCCUCGUUGCUCCAAGGACUUGUGGGCUUCUGAGUUGGGUCAAAUCCCUCUCCCUUUCCCCACUUCUGUACAGCUCUUGUUGUAAAAUAGGUUCUUUUGAACAUAAUCUAUGCAAAGGUUAUUUUGUAUAGGGGAGCACAAUGUUCCCUCCUCUCCCCCACUACAGUGGGUUUCAGGGGUGGCAGUGGUUCUCUGGUUUUGGGGAGGGGUGCAGCUGGGGUGGCGGAGGGGGAGGUGUUCCCAUGGAGCUGUCUUUCCUACUGAAGCAUGUUCAGAACUUGUACAGAAGACCGAUGUAAUCUUUCUUCAGAAUAAUGCUAUGAAUAAAGUGUUAAAAAACAACAACAACAACAGCACACCA